AUGCCCUCGCUUGCUGAUACAUGGAAUGAGUUGAGCAAUAUGGAAGGUGUAAACUUAACAGUGGCAAGAAAUGGUAUAAGCAAUUACGGUCAAGUAAUAUCGACAACAUGUGAAACAAUUGCAACAUCGUACAAUAAUUACUAUGUUGAAAGCUUCCAAAAUACCACUGCAAACUACUUUAUAUAUACGAUCAGCACUACUUUCCCUGUUGCGAAAGUAUCCACAAUCAAGUAUCUUGUUUACCAGCAUAUAUUCAAUGAAGUGUUUUCUCUUCAGCUUAAAACAGUUGAAAUUCCAGGUGAUAUCCUUCCUUCUACAAAACAAGAUGACAAACGUAAAAUCCAGGGUUUUGUAGGCAAUUUAAUUUUCGAGAUAAGAAACCGUCUUCCGUUGUUUCCAGUGACAAAAGAAACAUUAAACAAAGCACCUUUUGGUAUCAUGCCGGCCUUAAGGCACAUGCUUUCCAAAUAUGAAACUCUGAUUGCCAACAACCCAAAUCCUCAAAUCCAAGAACCAGAACAGAAACCACAUGACAAAUCAAAUACGAAGGCAAAGAAGCAAAAAGGAAAGAAGCAAACCAAAAAGAAGUUUAUACCCCCUGAACAAAACCUGCAAAGCAUAUUUCUUGGUGCAGCUCUUGAACAAGAGCACAAUGAAACAUCAUACAACUAUACCUUACGAUGCUUCUACAAAUGUUUUGACUUUGAUAAAUUGAAAGAGCUUAAUGAUAUCACUGCCGAAGAAGUAGAGCAAUACUUUCGGCCUUGUUCCAUUGAUCCUGAGAGGAUUGAUGUCUUUAUCUCGUACCACGGAGGCAAUGAUAUACGCCACCUGCCUUCUUCUGAAUAUUAUAACAUGCACAGAAUCGUAACUCGGCAGAAAUCAGAACAAGGCCUCAAAAAACGAUCAGGCCUUUAA